CUCCACCAAACCACUCCGCGCAAACAUACGCAACAAGAUACCCGCAACCAUGGACGACUCCGAACUCGAACAAAUCCGCAAGGCCCGCCUCGAACAGCUCAAGGCGCAAGGCGGCGCGGGAGGCAGCUCCGGCGGCGGCGGCGGCGGCUCGAACAAGCAGCAGCAGCAAGAACAGCGCCAACAACAAGAACAAGAAGCCCGCCAGCAGAUCCUCAACCAGAUCCUCCACCCGGAAGCGGCGGACCGCCUGGGCCGCAUCCGUCUCGUCAAGGAGCAGCGCGCGCAGGACGUGGAGAACAGGCUCAUCAUGCUCGCGCAGAGCGGGCAGCUGCGCAGCAAAGUCACCGAGACGCAGCUCAAGGAGCUGCUCGAGGCCGUGGCGGGGACGAAGGAGGAGGAGAAGAUUGUGGUGAGCAGGCGUAAGGGGUGGGACGAUGACGAUGACGAUUUGUUGGAUUUGUAGGUGCGCUCUGCAGAGUGUGAGAGAGAUCGGGGCAACAGGGGUUC